CGUCGAGAAUGUCUCUAAUAGUCACUAUGAUUUUGUUUGUAGCAAUAUAUGAUGUUGAGGAUGUCUCUAACAGUCACGUUGUGGUUGUGUUUUCUGGUGAACUUCUGCCUGGCACAACUAACUGAUGAUCCAUCAGAACUGUUGAGCUGGUGUUUGGAUGGCAGACACCACAAGGAAAAACCAGGACCUGAAGGAGAAUUGUUUUCACAGUGUACGCCUUGGAAAAAUCGGUCCUGUUGCACAUACAACACGACCAAAAACUUGCACGAAACAAAAAUGUAUAAUUUUGACUACAACCACUGCAGUGCUGUGAAGAACAUGUCAGAGAGCUGCAAAAGACAUUUCACCCAAGAUCACUGUUUCUACGAGUGCUCGCCUAACAUAGGUCCUUGGGUUGUUAAAGUGAAUAUGAAGACCCGCAAGGAGCGUUUCUACCAGGUGCCUUUGUGCGCUAGCGACUGCGAAGCAUGGUUUUCUGCGUGUCGGGACGAGUACACCUGCACUGACAACUGGAUGCGCAACUUUGUAUGGGAGAACGGAACAAACAAAUGUCUUCCUGGGUCCGAAUGUCGCACCUUCCGUCAGGUCUAUCGCACUGCUGAUAACUUCUGUCAGAAGGUGUGGGAUGACGCGUGGAAGGUGAUGAAAGACUCUGAGGCGUGCAUGAGGCUGUGGUUCGACGGAAGUGGAGGUAACCCGAACGAUAACGUGGCGAGGUUGAAAGUGCAGGAGCUAACGGCUGUGAGCGGCGGAGGUCUGUCAGCUGUUCUGUCCCUAACAGCUGUUUACUCUUUGCUCCCACUCCUGCUUACUGUCAGGUGAUCAUAAAACAGUCCGAAUUCAAGAAACUUCUACAGCCAUUCAUAAGAGGAUGAAUUGCUUUGUCAGUACAAACUCAUCAUUGAUGAUUUUGUGCUAUUAUUAGGUUAUUAGUCUUGGUUAAUAGUAGAGUUCACCAUGACACUAGCUUAGGGAGAAGGAAGAAAGUUUGCUAAUUAAUGUAAGUUAAUUUUUAAAAUAUAGAAAUAGUGUAUUACGAGUACAUUUAGUUGAGAAGUAUACUCAGAUGGUUCACAUAAUUGUAAAACUCUAAACAUUUUUACUUUAAAUUAUUUUGACUACUUAUUUAAAAAUAUUUAUUAGUGAAACGUUAAACGAUGAUGAUAAAUUAGACUGUAUUUGGUCGUACAGAAUCAUGCGUAUACAAACAAAUAAUACGAGUUAAGUUGUUGCUUAAAGAAGUUACAAGUUUUUCUCUGGAUCUUUUAUUGUUGAAAAAUUUUAGUUUUAAGCCUUUAAUAUGUAAGGGAUUGUGUCCACUUUACAAGAGUUUAUUUGAAAGCAAAUUCUCAACACUUACUAUUUGAUAAUUCACGGUUUCGUUUUUAUGUAAUAUGCUGUCUAAACAUUGUGUGAUUAGUCUUUUUAGCUGUAUUAACAGAAUGAAAAUAUUUACUACAAAUAAGGAAAAAUGCCCAACUAAUGGAAGAGAAUUUACCUGUGACAGCUUGCCACAUGACCCACAAAUUAUUUAUUGUUUCUUAACUCUUUUGGUUUAGCAAUAAGAACUGAACUAAAAAUUGUUCAUAACCUGGAUAUAUUGAGUAGUGUUGCAAUUUAUUCUCCCAAUUUUUGGUUGCCCUCAUUCGCUAUAAGAGUAAAUCUUAAAAAAAAAAAAAUGUUAUGCACAAGUCUUUUUAAAUACUCAAAGAAAUAGAAAAGUGAUCAAUGUACAGUUUUAUUUGUACUGUUUAAUUUUAUGUCAGCUUUUAUACAAUACUUCGAAAAUAUUUUUAUACAGUUUUAUUUGUUUACAAUGUGUAUAUAAAACAUACACAGCUUAAGCUCUUGUAAGUGGGAACAUAUAUAGCUUAAGAGCCAGCUGUAGAGAAAUGACCUUGAGUUUUCCCUCAUAAGAGCAAUGUUAAAUGUUAUGCGCUUUACACCCUUAUUUUUGAUCUUUGCAUUGUGAAAGAUGUUUAAUUUUGAAGAGCGUAUUAAUACCCAUCAAAACACUUUUUAGUUUUUUGUGUAAAAUUAAACGUUUUAGUAUUUAAAUGAUGAAGUACAAACAAGAGUGAGAUUAUUCUGUAUAACCUAUAUAAAUAUAAAAAAAUUAAAAAAGCAUUUGGAUGUAAAUUAAUUAUAUCUUUAAAAUGGGACAUAAUUCUACAACUAAAAAUAAGAUCUUAAAGUGCACAAGGUUUAACAUUAAUGUGAUAGGGUUAAAGUAAACAACUCACAAGUCAGUUGUGUGACUUAUGUUGAAUAUUGUGUGUCUCAUCAGUGAAUAUUAUUACUUACUUAUUAAUUGUAUUACAAUUCAAUUUAAUUAAGUAUUUUAAAUUCUCCAUUGUGAUAGUGUGUAUUUAAGCCAUGCAAGUAUAUGCUUGUCUCAAAGAUUAAGCCAUGCAAGUAUAAGCAUUCAUAUUAAAUUAAAAAUUAUGUAGCUUUAAUAUGAUUCAUCUUGUGUAGAUUUAAAAAUCUUUUUUUGUUCCCGGAAAUUAAAUAAUUAUACUUUAUUUUAUGUAUUAAUUUGGUACAUAUAUUUACUGAUACGAAGCAGGUUUUCUUAGUUUACUUAUUUGUAAAUUUAGCCAUGAUUUAAUUAGUUACUUUUAGUAUAGUAGGCUACUUAGUAUAUUUAAGUGUUUUAGGUAAAGCAUUGAUGUUUGAUUUUUCAUAGGUUUAGGAUUGAUAGUUUAAAACUUUUUCCAGUUUGAUAUGUAAAAUGAUGUAAGUAUCUUAUUUAGCGCAGUGUCAAUGAAUUGCUGACUGAUUCAAUAGAAUAGUAUUUUUAGUAAGGAUUUUGGCUCAGAACUAACUUUAAUUACUUAAUUAAUCAGUAGUUUUAACAUCUCAAAGACACUGUCCCUGAAAAGUUUUAAGAUUAAAACUAGAGUAUAUGUUUGUUUAGUCAAUUGUAAUCUUUAUCUUGGUUACUUAAAACAAGAUUUCUUAAAAUGUAUAUUAUAUUAUUUUAAAACUCAGGUAAACACAUUUUGACUCAAAAACCAUAGGAUAUUUGGAUUUAAAAACAGAAGGCAUUGAUUAUUUGUCCUCUCCACUCAUCUGUGCUAAAUCAGUACUAAAAGUACUGAUUUACACUACUAAUAUGUACUAAAAGUACAUAUUAACCCUUCGACUAGUAAUCCCACAACAAAUUUGAGAGUACAUUUCGAGCCACCUGCAAUAAUUCCGAUAGCUUGCAGGAAGCCCUAUGGCAUUAAUACCUAGUUUUCACAUUGAAAAUUUCUCACCUGAAUUCGUAUACAAAGUUGCGGAAUGGAUAAGAAUCACUUUCAAGUAGUUUCCAUCGUUCCCACUAAAUUGCAGUUACUCUUGUUUAUUUAUUUUCAAUCCUAAUUGAAUGCUGUAUAAUGGUGUUCAGUCAGUUGUUCCAAGUAAUCAGCUGAUUCUAUUUUCGUUUGUGUACUCUUUUGUUGUAUCUGAUACAUGUUGUAACCUCAUUGGUACGUUGCCGGUUCACCUUAGUAUGCUUAUAAGAAAAUACUGACAAUAUCUUUGUUUUAAUUCAUAUUUUGUAAAUAGAAUAACUUUUGGAUAAUUAUAAUAAUUUCUGUAUACAUAAGACAAGAAAACUUCAAAAAUGUAAAUUGAGUGUUUUUGUAUUACUUCUGCAGUAAACCUAAAAACACAAAAACAUCCUAAAUAAAAAACUCACUUUUUAGAGUACUCUUACAGUCAAAACAUAAGUCAAAGGGUUACAUUUUUUUAAUUAUUUUGGUAAUCAAAUCAGUUGGAGUAUUUUUAGUUCUUUUUUUGUUUGGGAUUUAUGAGCAUAUGGGAACCAAACAGAACUUUUUGGUAGUUUGACUACAUGAUUAUAAAAUAACUAUAUAUUUUCAAAAUUUAAACUUUGAUAUCUGAGUCAGUCAGCUUAUUUAUCUUUUUAACUCUUUACUUACCAGAUCACCCUGGUCGGUGUGAUCUCAGUAAUGUCACAUACUCACUUUAUUCUGGCAAGUAAGUGUUAUACGUUUAGUAUAGUUACUUAAUAAAUUUUUGUUUGUUUAUUGAUGAAUUACGUAAGUGAGGGAUGAACAGGUAUAUAUGCAUUCAGUGUACAUAUCUACGUAUAAAAAUAUAUAUUCUAAUCCUG